UACUUGUUAUCGCGACUUUGACUAUGUUAUCUGGAAAUCCUGAAGCGAAGAAACGAGGACGAAGUGAUUCUUCCUUUGCUACUUCCGACGAAGUUCCCAUAUUCGCCGGGCAGUUGGACUUGGGUCCAAUUGCGGCAAAACCGGCUCCAGUGUGUCCAGUCGAUAACACCAUCUCGGCUUGUGUCGUGACGCCGGAAGAUUGCUUCAGCGACGCAGAAUGCCAGCAGGGUCAACUGUGCUGCCCUCGGGGAUGCUCCCGCCGUUGUACUGCGCCGACGUUUCGCCAACCGGACCCUAGAAGUCGCUGCAGUCGCGGAUCCUGUCCCAGAGGCAUUCCAUGUGUCAUCUACGAGACGAAUUGCAACCGCGGCAUUACCGGUCUACGCCUUUGUCCGCUUGCUACUGUCUGCGUUCCCGAUUUCCGGGAUCAAUGUCAAGUGAUCAGGUGCACAAGUGAAACUCAGUGCAGAUACCGGCCAAAUCCAAGCUGCGCGAGACCGAGCAGAUCUUGUCCGCCAAUUGCGGGGUGUUUCCCAAGAAUUCCGCAGAUCUAACGUCUUCCUUCCAUCAAUUGCCUUAUUAUGAUCAAUUUUUUUAAUUAUUGGAAAUGUAAAUGUAUAUCUGUAUACGUAAAUGUAUGUGGCGUUGUUUGCAAUUAAAUUCAUUCUGCUGAAGUA